CCUGCAGAAGAAGGAAAGUCCCUCUGGGAGUUGGUGCUGGAGCAGUUUGAAGAUCUCCUUGUCCGCAUCCUUUUGAUGGCAGCUUUUUUGUCAUUCAUCCUGGCCUGGUUUGAAGAAGGAGAGGAGACCACAACGGCAUUCGUGGAGCCCAUUGUCAUCAUUAUGAUCCUGAUUGCCAACGCCGUGGUGGGCGUGUGGCAGGGAACUCUGCUCCUCCUCUGCUUGCAGGAGAGAAACGCCGAGAGUGCCAUCGAAGCCUUGAAGGAGUACGAGCCCGAGAUGGGGAAGGUGAUCCGCGCUGACCGCAGCGGGGUGCAGCGGAUCCGCGCCCGGGACAUUGUCCCUGGGGACAUCGUGGAGGUGGCAGUUGGCGACAAGGUGCCGGCGGACAUUCGGAUCAUCGAAAUCCGGUCCACCACCCUGCGGGUCGACCAGUCCAUCCUCACAGGGGAGUCUGUGUCGGUGAUCAAACAUGCUGACCCCAUCCCUGACCCCCGGGCUGUCAACCAGGACAAGAAGAACAUGCUUUUCUCCGGCACCAACAUCGCAGCUGGGAAGGCCGUAGGGAUCGUAAUUGCAACAGGGGUGUACACUGAGAUCGGCAAGAUCCGAAACCAGAUGGUGGAGACGGAACCUGAGAAGACGCCCUUGCAGCAGAAGCUGGAUGAGUUCAGCCAGCAGCUCUCCAAAGUGAUCUUCCUGGUGUGCAUCGCUGUCUGGGUCAUCAACGUCAGCCACUUCAGCGACCCUGUCCACGGCGGCUCCUGGUUUCGGGGAGCUAUCUACUAUUUCAAGAUUUCGGUGGCGCUGGCGGUGGCUGCCAUUCCUGAGGGCCUGCCGGCCGUCAUCACCACCUGCCUGGCGCUGGGCACGCGCCGCAUGGCCAAGAAGAACGCCAUCGUCCGGAGCCUGCCCUCGGUGGAGACCCUGGGCUGCACCUCCGUCAUCUGCUCCGACAAGACCGGCACCCUCACCACCAACCAGAUGUCUGUCUGCCGGAUGUUCAUUAUGGAGAAGGUGGAGGGUGCCCAGUGCAGCCUGCACGAGUUCAGCAUCACCGGCUCCACCUACGCCCCCGAGGGACAAAUCCUGAAGGACGAGCAGCCGGUGCAGUGCGGGCAGUACGACGGGCUGGUGGAGCUGGCCACCAUCUGCGCCCUCUGCAACGACUCCUCGCUGGACUACAACGAGUCCAAAAAAGUCUACGAGAAGGUGGGGGAAGCCACUGAAACAGCCCUGACGUGCCUGGUGGAGAAGAUGAACGUCUUCAACACCGACACCAGCAAACUGUCCAAGGUGGAGCGAGCCAACGCCUGCAAUUCGGUGAUCAAGCAGCUGAUGAGGAAGGAGUGCACCCUGGAGUUCUCCCGCGACCGCAAGUCCAUGUCGGUGUACUGCACACCCACCAGCCCCAGCCACAAUUCCAUCGGCAGCAAGAUGUUCGUCAAGGGCGCCCCGGAAAGCGUGAUCGAGCGCUGCACCCACGUCCGUGUGGGCACUGCCAGGGUCCCGCUGACGGCCCCGGUGCGGGAGAAGAUCCUGGGCAGGAUCCGAGACUGGGGCAUGGGCAUUGACACGCUGCGCUGCCUGGCCCUGGCCACCCACGACACGCCCGUCCGCAGGGAGACCAUGCAGCUGCACGACUCCGCCGCCUUCGCCCACUAUGAGAACAACCUGACCUUCGUGGGCUGCGUGGGGAUGCUGGACCCUCCCCGCAAGGAGGUCACCUCCUCCAUCGAGAUGUGCCGCAAGGCCGGCAUCCGCGUCAUCAUGAUCACCGGUGACAACAAGGGCACGGCGGUGGCCAUCUGCCGCAGGAUCGGCAUCUUCUCGGAGAGCGAGGACGUGGCCGGCAAAGCCUACACGGGCCGGGAGUUCGACGAGCUGCCCCCCGAGGCGCAGCGGCAGGCGUGCCGCGAUGCCCGGUGCUUCGCCCGCGUGGAGCCAGCGCACAAGUCCCGCAUUGUCGAGUACCUCCAGUCCUUCCAUGAGAUCACCGCCAUGACGGGCGAUGGUGUCAAUGAUGCCCCGGCCCUGAAGAAAGCGGAGAUCGGCAUCGCCAUGGGGUCGGGCACAGCCGUCGCCAAGUCUGCUGCUGAGAUGGUGCUCUCCGACGACAACUUCUCCACCAUCGUGUCGGCCGUCGAGGAGGGCAGGGCCAUUUACAACAACAUGAAGCAGUUCAUUCGCUAUCUCAUCUCCUCCAACGUCGGGGAGGUUGUUUGCAUCUUCCUGACAGCCAUCCUGGGCUUGCCUGAAGCCCUCAUCCCUGUGCAGCUGCUGUGGGUGAACCUGGUGACAGACGGGCUGCCGGCCACCGCGCUGGGCUUCAACCCCCCCGACCUGGACAUCAUGGACAAGCUACCCCGCAACCCCAAGGAGCCCCUCAUCAGUGGCUGGCUCUUCUUCCGCUACCUGGCCAUCGGAGUGUACGUGGGCCUGGCCACAGUGGGCGCAGCGACCUGGUGGUUCUUGUACGACGCCGAGGGACCACAGGUCUCCUUCCAUCAGCUGAGGAACUUCAUGAGGUGCACCGAGGACAACCCCAUCUUUGAAGGCAUUGACUGUGAGAUCUUUGAGUCCCGAUACCCCACCACAAUGGCUCUGUCCGUGCUGGUGACAAUCGAAAUGUGCAAUGCUCUGAACAGUGUCUCCGAGAACCAGUCGCUGUUGCGGAUGCCACCGUGGCUCAACAUCUGGCUGCUGGGGGCCAUCGUCAUGUCCAUGGCUCUGCACUUCCUCAUCCUCUACGUGAAGCCCAUGCCUCUCAUCUUCCAGGUAACCCCCCUGAGCUGGCCGCAGUGGGUGGUUGUGAUGAAAAUCUCCCUGCCCGUUAUCCUCCUGGACGAAGGACUCAAGUACCUUUCCCGCAACCACCUGGAUGCCUGUGUUUAUCCAGCUCUUCUCAAACCUCUGGGAACUAGAUCCUUUCUCUUAUAA